AAUGGUCCUUAUAGUACAGGAUGUCUAUAUACAGACUGCAUUCUACACAUUCUGCUGUGAUAAGCUCUAACAAUGCGACAACUAUUGGUUCUAUUUCUAAUGUGCCUCACGGGAGGUUUACCAUGGUUGUCAAUCGCACAACGUCUGCACCACUGUCCAAAUGAUUGUCACUGGAAUGGACAUUGCAAUCCUCACUCCGGCCUCUGCACAUGUUACGAUGGUUUCUAUAACAAAGACUGUUCCGGAGACUGUGGUUGUGGAGGACACGGGGUCUGCAAAGCAGAUCAUACCUGUCAAUGUGAUGAGGGGUGGAAGUGGUCUGUUCUCGACAGGAAGUGUGUCUGGGAUUGUCAAUGCCCAAAUGGCCAGUCCUGUAUGGCUCCAAGUGUUUGUAGCUGCAGCCGUGCGUGUCAGUAUGGUACCUGCUGGGACGGACAAUGCGAAUGCUGGGAGGGUUACACAGGAGAGACGUGUGGCCUCCUUAAUACAAACACAAUGUCUAAUCGUAAUUCCUCGCUUGGAGUAAAUCUCGGUGGACUGACUUAUUACUCCUCUGAGAUAAAAUUUGUUGAUGUCGCCAAAGAGUCCUCUAAUUGGGUAACUCAGCGGUGGGGAAAUCAUUCUUGGGACACCCAUGAGCAUGCCACUAUAAACAUGAGAUCUGACGGCUACCCCGCCAGCUUACCAGAUGAUUUGGCUUUGGAGAAAUUGAUGCUGAGGAGUUUGUCUCACACUCCCACGGGAGUUUACACUAUUCUUUAUGAUGGCGAGGGAGAUAUUGAACUCAAUUUAGUUCACUACCAAAAAAUCUAUUCCGGCAAAGGGCGUAUUCUGAUAAACGUCACGAUUGGUCAAUCCGGCCUGGGCAUCAGACUUCUUCGUACGAAUCCGGCCAACCCACUUCACAAUUUGCGCGUCAUCCUACCCGGCUUUGAAGCCAGACACGAACAGUUCCCGUUCUAUCCACUGUUUUUGGAGAGCUUGGCAAGAUAUUCAGAGUUCAGAUACAUGGACUUCCUCCAUACAAACGCCCAUACACCGGAGCCGACAACAUGGAAGGCGCGAAAGACCACAGCAGACCACACGCAGGGCGGUAGUGACGGUGGCGCCUUAGAAUACGCCAUCUUGCUUUCUAACCAGAUGGGAGCCAGUCCUUGGUUCAACAUGCCUCAUGCAGCAGAUGAUGAUUUCAUAAUGAAGUUCGCGACACAAGUGAAACAAAGUCUUCGACCAGACUUAAGGGUAUAUGUAGAGUAUUCAAAUGAAGUAUGGAAUGGCAUAUUCCGUCAAAACCACUAUGCUACAGAGAAAGGACUCUCUUUGGGAUUAGAUACUGCUGCAUGGAAAGCCGGAUUUAAAUAUUACAACAAACGUUCACAUGAAAUGGGACAAAUUUGGAAAUCGGUUUACGGCGCUUCCUUUGAUAAGUUGGUACUACCCUGGGCCUGGCAGACAGGCUAUGAGGAGUACACUCGACAGGCGCUGGAAGAUCUGGGGACCAGGGUGCACGAUUUCACGGCUCUGGCUAUCACGGGCUAUUUUACUUGUGAUCUAACGUCCAAAUAUAUGUCAUCGGUGCGAACGAUGUCGUAUGAUGAAGUCUUGUCCAUAUGUACCGACUACAUUCAGAACAAAACACGGUCUUCUUUCUCACAUUACAUGGGAGUUGCUAAGGAUCACGACUUGCAUUUACUGAUGUACGAGGGAGGACAGCACAUUGUUGAGAAAGCGCCCUAUCACACGGAUGUAACCAGCAAGUUGACAAACAUAAAUAGAAAUGUCAUCAUGGAGACGUUGAACAGCAACCUCUUAAAUAUUUGGAAUGAAAUUGUCAUAAAACACAGCACUUCGCCAGGUGGUUUAUUUAAUUAUUUUGCAUCAUGUGGAAAAUAUUCUCAGUACGGAAGUUGGGGCAUACUUGAAUACACUGGACAACCCUUUUCCACCGUUCCUAAAUACCGAGCCGUUCAGGCGUUCAUCACAUCACAGAGUCUGAACACAGAGGUGGCACCUAAAUGCAGCUUUGUUGACUUGGGAAACAUUAGUUACGGCUGUUUCUUGGUCGGUAAUCGAGCUUACUGUGGAUCAAGUACAGACAGGGGACAGAACUGGUCUUCUUUCCAAUCUAUCCAUGACAGUGUCAGCAGAUUGGUAGCUGACGGCUUUAACUCGGCCAGCAAUACUCUGUUUGUCAGAGGAGUCCACCCUAACAUGACCUUCUAUUAUUACACAAUAAACAUUCACAAUCCAAGAUACACAGUGGAGACAAAUUUUGACUAUUAUGAGAAAUUAUCGGAUGUGAAAGUUAUUCGGCGUCUUCCAAAUGGUGUGUUUAAAUCUCUGAAUUUACAUUUAAACUGUCAAUAAAAUGAUAAAACAUCUA